ACGUACCAGCAUUGUUUUCGUUCUUUCUCAUCAGCUUCAUCUUUAUAGUCAAGGAAAGUCCCCAACCCGCCUCCACACAAAUUUCCAGCCGAUCAUAGCUAAUUGGGUAGUGGGCUCGUCUCGACCUACUCACUCUGAGGAGUUUUAGAUGCUCAGCCGGGUGACCUUGACGCUUCCUCGUCGAUUUGCGUCCAGUUUCUCAUCGCCCCUCCUUCCAAAAGGAGCCUUGGCAUACAUAAAUGGGCAAUGGGUUGAAUCACAAAAGAAAAACACUUUCGACGUUACCAAUCCUUUCAAUGGGCAAUUGUUGUACAAAACUGUGAAUUGUGACGUGCCGGAAGCUAAAAAGGCUGUGCAUGCCGCUAGAGAAGCGUUCGAGAAGUGGUCCUUGGAAACAACUCCAAAAGAACGCGGGGCCAUACUGAGAAAAUGGUAUGACCUUCUCGUCGCGAAGGAGGGAGAGUUGGCUGAGCUUUUAACUCUCGAGCAAGGUAAACCAUUGAUUGAAGCACGUGGAGAAAUCAAAUACUCAGCCAGCUUUCUGGACUGGUUUUCUGGAGAAGCAAGACGUAUCUACGGACAGGUUGUUGUUCCUGCGGUACUCAAUAGGGAGCAUAUCCAUAUACGGGAGCCGAUUGGCGUGGCUGCAUUCAUAACCCCAUGGAACUUUCCCACGGCAAUGAUCGCACGCAAGGCUGGAGCAGCCUUGGCAGCUGGUUGCACAAUUGUAGUGAAGCCAGCUGAGGACACGCCGCUCAGCGCCCUCGCUCUAGCACAGACAGCUGAGGAAGCAGGAGUCCCUUCAGGAGUGUUCAAUGUCAUCACUGCCGAUCGCAAACGAACAGCAGAAAUCUCGAAGUACAUUUGCGAAAGCACCGACGUGGACGUAAUCAGUUUUACAGGAAGCACUGCCGUGGGAAAGCUCCUGUUAACGCAGUCGGCCUCUACGGUAAAGCGUGUCUGUCUUGAACUCGGAGGCAGUGCCCCUGUGAUUGUUUUUGAUUCUGCUGAUCUGGAUGUCGCUAUCAAGGGAUGCAUGGCAGCGAAAUUCAGGGGAUCAGGACAAACUUGUGUGGCCGCAAAUCGUUUCUUUGUACAGAAAAAGAUUCACGAUGAUUUUAUCACAAAAAUGACUGUUGCCAUGAAAGGGCUUGUAGUUGGAGAUGGAAUGAAUCCAAAGACUACCAUAGGACCACUUAUCAACGAAGCGGCUGUCAAGAAGAUUACGGAUUUGCUCAAGGAUGCGGAAUCGAAGGGCGCUAAAAUUUUGCUGGGUGGAAAACGAGGAAAGGGAACAUGCUUCCAGCCUACACUUUUGACCAAUGUAACAAAAGAUAUGGACAUAGCGCAUACAGAGAUUUUCGGUCCAAUAGUUGCUGUGAGGAAAUUCAACGACGAAGCGUCGGCCCUAGCUGAAGCAAAUGAUACCAGAGUGGGGCUGGCGGGUUACAUCUUCACCAAGGAUGCGGAUCAGAUAUACAGAGUGACACGCCGUCUAAGAGUUGGAAUGGUUGGAGUCAACGAAGGACUGAUAUCUUGCGCCGAAGGCGCGUUCGGAGGUGUGAAGGAGAGCGGUCUCGGACGGGAGGGAGCUUCUCAGGGCAUUGAUGAAUUCACGCAAUGGAAAUAUAUUUGCACGCAACAUUAGGAGCGUGCUUUUUGCCGCACUUAUCGGUACCAAAUACCCGAUAUAGACCAAUAUUGCUGAUUGAGCUAACAUAGUAUUCACUAGUGUGGCAGUCUAUUGAAUAUGCGCCACCAUAUCAUUAGGUUACCAAAUGGUUUCGAUGUUUUAUAACUUCCUUUUCAACAACGGGUCAAGUGUUUUCCGUUAUAAUGCAAUAUUAAUAAUGUAGACCCUAUAGUUGCAUCUUCGUUUCUAUAACUGGGCUAGUCUGAUCAUCUGUCUAGUUUUGUAUUUUUCAUUUUGAUUUGUAAAGAUUCUUUUAGUGCGUAGGGUAUUUAUGAUGACUUGACUCUAUCUGAAAAGUUCUGAAUUGCUUAUGGAUCUAACACCUUUUCAUCUAGUGGCCAUCUUUUGUUACGAGUGUAGUAAUAAUGUCGAAAAAUCGACUUUUGUCUGGAAUGCUUUUUGUACCU